GGUGAGGUCAAAGAAGGGGGAAAAAGUCGUGUUUUGUUUUAGGGCGUGGUCUUAAAAAUGCUUCUUAAAGUUUGGAGUGAACCUCUGAUUCUGACUGCAUUAAGUUUUCAGCUGCGACGAUUUGACAACCGAACGGGGAUUGCUUCAUGCUUCAGUAACUGUGAGAGAGGUUGUCAGUCAGCUCAGGUGUGAGACGAUGCAGCGCAGCAGCAGGUUGGUGCAGCAGCUGUGGGAAAGAUGGACAUCCUUGGUGAAAAAUCUUCAAGAAGAUCCCAGAGUUGCUCGGUUGAUGACCACGAGGAUGGGCCAGUACCUCAGCAGCCAUCCUUUCUUAGCUCUCACUCUGCUGAUGUUCAGCGUCAUGGCUGCCUUACCUGUCGGCAUCUUCUUCACAUUUGCCCUCGUGACCGCCGUAAUUUCUGCGACAGGUUUCGUUUUUAUUGAAGUGAUCCUGCUGAUUGUUGGAGGCUUGACUCUACUGUCCAUCCUUGUCGGCGUCGCCUUGUUCUCCCUGCUGGUUUCAGUCGUCGUCAAUGGGCUGAUCAUCUCCAUUCCCAGCCAACUGAAAAAUUAUGCACAUUGGGCGAAGAAUGGCGUAAACCAGAAGACUGAGAGUGAAACUUCAGGAUUAAAGGAGUUGUAGUAGA